UGUAGUAAAAGAGUCCCUAGUACUCAGUAGUAUCUUGUCAAACAAGCGUACGUUAGUGCCUCGACGAAACCCUGACCAAAAUGGCACGGUACUCGCGCGCCUCGCUCUCGCUGCUUCUUCUUGCGUGUUGUGCCCUUAUGCGGAGCUCCUACGGCUCGAGACCGCCUCCUCUGGGGUCGCAGAAGCAUGCGGUCCUAUCUCCGAUGGUUCACGGCGCCGCCCAACCACGCCGCCUCGGCGACACGGAAGAGGGUGCGACUGGUCAUCAUGGAGUAGACGCUGACGAUGAUGCUGUCACAGCUUCCACGAUGGGCGUGGGCGAUGUUGUGCCGUCGGAGCAGAGGAAGGGAUCAGGGCUGCCGGUGCUGCAGCAGGCGCUGGGAAGGAUGCUGGGUUCGAAGCUGGCGCGGCGGAUCCUCGGAGGGGAGGCGGAGGACUCGGCGGCCGGGCCGUCGUGCCACUCCAACAACGCGCACAUCACUUGUGCCCCGCCGGCGCAGCACUGACCGGGCCGGGUGCUUCUUGCGAGUCCCAGCUGAUUCCUUCAUCCCUUGAUGCUUUCAUGUAAAUUAACAGUAGCUCUUUAGAUCUUGUUCUUCCAAAAAUAUGGAAGAAUUGAUGAUAACCCUCCUUGUUGGUCUGCCUCUCGAUCAUAAACCCC